GUUAUGAGCCCAAGGGUUCACUGGUGCUGACGCAAUGGACCUGCGCCGACGACGAGAAGAAGCUGUGGCAGGUGGUGGUGGGUCCUCGCAAUCAAUGCUGGUGCCUGGUGGUGCAACUGCAACAGGGGCUUCUGCGGCUGUGGCUGUGGCUGACAAGACAGCCGACCAAAUGCUGGAUGAAACUGCUGGAGAACCUCAACAAGGAUGAUCCCCCUGCAGCAUCUGGUGCUGGGGUGAAGUCAGUCGGGGCCACUGAGGCUGCCGGGUCUGGCACUGCAAUGGGGCUUUCGCCGGAGCAGCGGAGGUGGUUGGUCAAUGCCGCUGAGGCUAUGAGGACUGGCCAGGCUGUCGCGCCCUUGGCACUGCUUGCGAAUGCGCCUGAGGUGCAAACUUUGGUGCCGGUGGGAGGAGCUGGACAAAGGCCAGGCAUCGUCAAGCUGGACACCAAGGAGCCUCUGGACGACGCGAUGGUGGUGGGCCGGAGCGACAUUGGGGACGAGGUCAACGUGAUGGCCGAGCUCUUCAAGGCCCGUGGCUCUGGUUCUCAACAUGGUGGAGGUCAGGGGACGCCGACACAUGCAGAGCAGCGUCUGGUGGCUCAUGAUGGACUUUCUCAUCAGGAUCUUCUGGAGAUCGAGGCGAUGAGUGAAGUUCAGGACAAGCUGAAAAAUGAAAUGGCCGAAGAAAGGGACAUUGGAGCUUCCAAACUGACGGAUUGCACUGCGGUGGAGUUUGGGGAUUGGAUUGCGGUGAUAACGCCACUGAUGUCCGACCUCAACAGCACUUCGGCUUCGUGGUGUUCGCUGACGAUAGCACAGCGCUACUACGAGCUCUGGCGUGUGGCGAGUCCGUUGGAGCAUCUCAGACUCAAGGUGGAGACGCACCCUGAGGCCGAGAAGCUCCCUCGAACGGAACAAAGGGCUGUCACUAUGUUGUUGGCAGCUGUGCCGGAACAAAUCCGAAGGGAUGUUGUUGCCUCAAGAAAGAUGAGCAGCGUGGAGAUUGUGUUCACCCUGCUUUGCAAGUACCAGCCGGGGGGGGCCCAGGAAAGGACUGUGCUUCUUCGAGAACUGAAUGAAAACAAGUUGACCGCCAACGCUGGUGUCAAGGAGAUUCUCAACACGCUGAGAACGUGGAGGAGGAACUUGGGAAGGGCAUCAGAACUUGGAGUUCAACUACCUGAUCCACUGCCACUGAUGGGCCUGCUGUCAAAAUGGUCAGACGCUCUAUGCAGAGUAGGGGGAUCACACAUGGCUUUUCGAGUGGCGGGCAUGCGACAGGCAUUGGCCCUUGACCCUACUCCUAUGCCGGCGACUGUGACUGAGUUUGCGGAGCACUUGCAGGCGGAAGCUAAACAGUUGAUGUUGGCCACUCCUACUCCUACUACGACUUCAACAGUGUCAACUCCGAGCUCAACGGUUGCGCCUGAUGUGAAAAAGAAGGGGCUGGUGAAAGCAGCAGCUCUUACAACUCCAACUGAGAAGCUCUCCAACUACAAAGGAAAAGAUCUCGAAGAUCGCGACGCUGAAGGCGAAUGUGAAGAAGGAAGGGAACCCGAAACAUGGAAAAAGGGAUCCUACACCGACCUCUCCGACGGCACCAUCAAGGAGCUCUUCAUCAGGGACUUUUCCAACAGCAACCACGUCGAGCUCUGGGCAGUGGACGAAAGGGGGAAAACUAAGAUCGUCGAAGAGAGGCGUGGUACAAAGUCCGAGCUGGAAAACUCUGAGCCGGUGACUGUGGAAUUGGCUCAUGGAUCGACGGUCCUUCGGAAAAAGAAGAGCUGCAGCACUCUUCUUACCAGCGACGACAUCGAGCCCAUCUUGCCUGUGCGACUUCUCAUCGACCAUGGAUUCAAUCUGACAUGGACAUCAAGUGGGAUCAACAUUCAUCAUCCUCGACGUGGGGCCCUUCGAUGCUGGAAAAGACAGGGGUGCCCUGUGAUGCAUAGGGAGGAAGCUUUGGCGCUGAUGAAGGACCUGGAACAGCUUGAAGUGAAGAGCGCUGUGGAUGACGAGGCGAUCGCAUGGUGGUCAGAGAGGUAUCCAAAAGUGCCAAAGGAGGUGCUGAAGUUCAUGGUGGGCCAGAAUGACAAAUGGGAAGAUCUGGAUCAUGGCGGCUUGCCCUUCAAUCGGCAUCGUCGACGACAGCUGGAAACUUGCCGCGGGGUGGUGCUGCAUCUCUAUGCGGGGGGUGUUCAACGAGCUGGACGUGGUGAAAAGAGGUGGAGACUUGAAGAUCUCACCGAUGAGGAGGUGGACAAGACCCACGGAGAUACAGCUUUGGUCUUGAAGAUGAUGGCCAUCUACGAUGUGGUGGUUGAAGCAUCUGAGCACCCCACGGAUCCGAAGGACUACCUGUAUGAGGCCGAGCAGUACCCUUCGAUCUGGAAGCGGCCAGAAGUUCACGAUUUCGCUCAACGACAUGGUCUUCAGACAGUGAAGCUGGACCAGGGCGCGUGCGGGCACAGUCGUGUCACACCUACGACGCUGCUGACUGACCUGGAAGCCAUGAAGGAAUUGGACGGCCUCAGAGCCAAUGGCGCCAAGGAGGAGAUUGAGCUGAACCUCGGUCCUCGCAUGCGAAAGAACUCAACGUGGUCCGCAUGGGCACCAGGCCUUGUGAGGGCCAUCCAACUUGCCAUCAUGGAGCUUCAGGACGCCAUAAAAAAUCCUCGGCUAAGGGUUAAGAUUAUUUUCCGAAAGGCACUUUGCACAAAAGGGUUCUGUGCAGAGCAAAAGUGCCUAGGUUGCUUCCCCGCAAAGAGCCUGUCACCAUAUGUAUGUAUGUAUGUAUGUAUGUAUGUAUGUAUUUAUGUGUGUAUGUAUGUAUGUAUGUAUGUAUGUAUGUAUGUAUGUAUGUAUGUAUGUAUGUAUGUCUGUCUGUCUGUGUUUGUUUGUUUGUUUGUUUGUUUGUUUCUAUCUAUCUAUCUAUCUAUCUAUGUAUCUAUGUAUCUAUGUAUCUAUGUAUCUAUGUAUCUAUGUAUCUAUGUAUCUAUGUAUGUAUGUACGUAUGUACGUAUGUACGUAUGUACGCAUGUACGUAGGUAUGUAGGUUUGAACGUAUGA